GCAAGCUAGGGUAAAGGCUAGAAGGGCUAGGUCCAAGCUGCCAAGCAAGCUGGGCGCUAUCUGGAUUCCCAUCAGGGGGUCCCAUGGCCCAUGCAGAGCAUCCAGUAUAUAAAAACAAAUGGUGCCAGGCUCUCAUUCUCUUCCCUUUCCCUUCCUCACCCACACACAUUCGCUCGAUAACCAAACCCUGACUUUUUAGUCAAUUUCACUCGUUACAGACCUCACAGCGCCUCAACUCGCCUACCAGCCUCAAUCCUCACCAACGCCUACUCUCCCAACCAAAUCAGUCAAGAUGAAGUUCUCCGCUGCCGCCGUUCUCGCUGCCGUUGCCGGCGCCCAGGCUUAUAGCAAUGUCACCUACACCACCGAGGUCGUCACUGCCGUGACCACCUACUGCCCGGGACCCACUGAGAUCGUCCACGGUGACAAGACUUACACCAUCACUGAGGCCACGACUUACACCAUCACCGACUGCCCGUGCACCGUCACCAAGCCCGUCUACUACACCUCGUCAGUGAUCUGCAACACCUGCACCAGCUACCCCAACAACACCGCCACCUACGUCCCGGUCGGCCCCACCGGAACUGGCAGCUACACCCCGACCAGCCCCCCCACCAGCGUUCCCACGGCUGGUGCCGGGAAGGCCGCCGCCCUCACCGGCGCUGGCCUUGCUGGUAUCGUUGGCCUCGCUGCCUUCAUCCUCUAAAUUUCUUGCGACUAGUCGCGUCCAGCUCAUGAGUUAGAGGGGGAGGAUAGACGGGAAUGGAGUCCUUUGGAGACCAAACCGGAGUCUUA